AUGGAUUCCGAAGGAUUCAUUCAAGCUUUCCAGAAUGAACUAACCUGCUCCAUCUGUAUGAACUACUUCAUAGACCCCGUCACCAUAGACUGUGGGCACAGCUUUUGCCGUCCCUGCCUGUACCUCUGCUGGGAGGAAGACCAGACUCCAAAGAGCUGCCCUGAGUGCAGGGGACUAUCAGAGAAGCCAGAUUUCAAAACCAAUAUUGUACUCAAGAGGCUGGCUUCCCUCGCCAGACAGGACGCAGCUAAACAAACCAACAACUCAGAGGUGCAGAUCUGCGUGACACACAAAGAAGCCAAAGGACUCUUCUGUGAGGUUGACAAGAGCCUGCUCUGUGGCCCCUGCUCUGAGUCCCCAGAGCAUGCAGCUCACAGCCACAGUCCAGUACAAUGGGCUGCUGAGGAAUACCGGGGGAUGAAAUUUACGGUAUCAUCAUCUGUGUCACUAAACCUUAUGGGUAUUUUGCAGGAGAAACUUCUAAAGAGAAUGGGCUCCUUAUGGAAAAUGACACAAGAAAUGCAAAACAAUCUGAAUCUGGAAACUCACAAAACUCAGUCAUUAGAGAACUAUGCAGCAAUAAGGAAGGUGAUGAUCAAAGUUCAGUAUCAGAGGAUGCACCUCUUUCUCCGGGAGGAGGAGCAACUCCAUCUGGAGGCACUGGAGAAAGAAGUGAAGGAGACUCUCCAGCAACUCAGGGAGAGUGAACUCAGAAUGACUCAACAGAAAGAAAGUCUGAAAGAAAUGUACAGAGAGCUGACUGAGAUGUGCCACAAGCCUGAUGUGGAGCUGCUCCAGGACUUGGGCAAUGUAUUGGAAAGGACUGACUUGGUACAGAUGCAAAAGCCUCAGCCAGUGAACCCAGAGCUCACUUCCUGGCCUGUCACUGGAAUCCUAGACAUGCUGAACAACUUCAGAGAAGAGCCAGUCUGA